AUGGGAACGAAGGAAGGCCGGGGCAAAGGCUGGAUUUUGAGUAAGCCUGCUUAUGCUUCCGAAACUAGAGAGUACGAAAGCAACGGCGGACUCAAGUUUGCGUCUGGAGACCUAAAGAAGUUUGCGGGCCUUCAAGGGGUUGCGAGGUGGAAGAAUCCUAAUCCGUUCGAUAUCGUGUUCUUUGCAGAAGCGCACGGUCUCAAAAACCGGGGGGAUUGUAUUGUACUCGUUGACGGACAAUGUUUCUCCAAGACGGAGAUUGUAAAGACUGGUGGUCAGAAAUGGGCCGCGAAGAUCGAAGCUUACGACCGCCCAGAAAUAAGUGUUCCACAGACGGACGGGUCUGCCAAUAUAUCCGAGCCUGUCAAGCCCAUGGCUGCUUUCAGCAAGAAUCCACAGCCUACACGAGUAUUUCCAGCCUACGACGAGGCUGUCGCCGGUUUCGUUGCCGCGGACUACUCAACCACCCCCAUCCCAACCCUCACAAACACAACAGCCUACGUCGAGGCUGUCGCCGGUUUCGUCGUCGCGGACUACUCAACCACCCCCAGCCCAACCGUCGCAGGCACAACAGCCUACGUCGAGGUUGUCGCCACAACCUGGGCAUCCACCUGUCAGUAA